GUGCCAUGUAUGCUGGUUCAUUUUGUGGUCGGUUCCAACCACGUAUCACCAGACAAAGCGGCGUUUUGUAACGGAGAGUUCGAGAAUUCUGUUCUCUUCGACAUCUACAACAAAUACAAGGAGCCACUUCUCUGUCUCUUUAUCCAUCUAUGAUAUUGUUAUUUUUCUAAACAAUGUGUUAUGCCACUCUUCACCAUUUUUGUGGCUCUCUUUGUUUUGUUAAUCAUCAAAUGACGACUAUUCCCACCACGUACAACCACCCUCAACAUGCUCUUCCUCUCUUCUUCACACGCUGCAAAUUUUCUAGGAUCACAUUUUCUCGCACGAAACAUGGUGCUACCCCUGCUCCAUCUUCUCCACUCUCUCAUUUUCGCGUGUUUUGCCAAUCCAAGACUGAGACAUUGGAGAUAAGAAGGUGCUCCCCUUUUCUAGAAAGUUCACUACUUUUGGGGAAUGGUUCUGUGGCCUCAGAUGAGUGGAAAGCAGUUCCUGAUAUUUGGAGAUCUUCUGCGGAGAAGUAUGGUGAUAAUGUAGCCUUAAGAGAUCCAUAUCAUGAUCCUCCUACAACUAUGACUUAUAAACAGUUGGAGCAGGCAAUUUUGGACUUUGCAGAAGGCUUGAGAGUUAUUGGGAUAAGACCAGAGGAAAAGCUUGCGCUUUUUUCAGACAAUUCAUGUCGUUGGCUUGUGGCCGAUCAAGGUAUGAUGGCAAGUGGAGCAAUCAAUGUGGUCAGAGGAUCAAGGUCAUCAGUUGAAGAGCUAUUGCAAAUAUACAACCACUCUGAAAGUGUUGCACUAGUCGUGGAUAACCCUGAAUUGUUUAACCGGAUUGCGAAAACAUUCUAUUCAAAGACUAGCAUGAGAUUUAUUAUUUUGCUUUGGGGAGAAAAAGCAAAUCUGGUUGGUCAAGAAAACAAGGACGUGCCAGUAUUUAGUUUCAUGGAAGUUGUAGAUUUGGGGCGAGAAAGUCGUAGGACUUUGUUUGAUUCUCGUGAUGCUGCAGAACAGCGUUAUGUCUACGAAGCAAUAAACUCUGAUAGCAUUGCCACUCUCGUAUACACAAGUGGAACUACUGGAAAUCCCAAAGGUGUUAUGCUUACUCAUCGGAAUCUUCUACAUCAGAUAGAAAACUUAUGGGACAUCGUGCCUGCUAUAGCUGGGGAUAGAUUUCUCAGCAUGCUACCACCUUGGCAUGCAUAUGAAAGAGCUUGUGAGUAUUUCAUUUUCACAUGCGGUAUAGAACAAGUAUACACAACCGUCAGAAACCUCAAGGAUGAUUUGGAACGUUACCAACCACAUUACUUGAUUUCUGUUCCUUUGGUUUUUGAAACAUUAUACAGUGGGAUCAUGAAGCAGAUAUCUACAGCCUCCCAUGUUAGAAAGCUUGUAGCGCUAACUUUCAUAAGGGUCAGCUUAGCAUACAUGGAGCAUAAGCGUAUUUAUGAGGGUAAAUGUCUGACAAACAAUAAGAAGCAGGCUUCUUACAUCUAUUCAAUGUUGGACUGGUUGUGGGCAAGAAUAAUAUGCUCAAUUUUACUUCCCAUUCAUAUGCUGGCGAAGAAACUCGUCUACAGUAAAAUCCAUUCAGCUAUUGGAAUAUCAAAGGCUGGAAUAAGUGGCGGUGGUAGUUUGCCUUGUCAAAUCGAUAAAUUUUUUGAGGCAAUUGGUGUGAAAGUGCAGAAUGGAUAUGGUUUAACAGAAACUUCACCAGUUAUUGCUGCUCGACGACCUAGAUAUAAUGUUAUUGGAUCUGUCGGGCAUCCAGUUCAUCAUACAGAAUUCAAAAUAGUAGAUUCUGAAACUGAUGAAGCUCUUCCACCUGGUUCCAAGGGCAUUUUGAAAGUCAGGGGCCCACAAGUGAUGAAAGGAUACUUCAAGAAUCCUUUAGCUACAAACCAGGCCUUGGAUGGGGAUGGCUGGCUAAAUACUGGUGAUAUGGGGUGGAUGGUUCCCCACCAUACAACUGGGCGUAGUCGUAACUGUGGUGGUGUGAUUGUUGUGGAUGGCCGUGCUAAAGACACUAUUGUGCUUUCAACAGGUGAAAAUGUUGAACCGGUGGAACUUGAAGAAGCUGCCAUGAGGAGUAGCAUAAUUCAACAAAUUGUUGUUGUUGGCCAGGAUAAGCGACGACUAGGAGCUGUAAUUGUUCCUAACAAAGAAGAAGUUGUGAAGGUAGCAAAGGAACUGUCAAUUAUAGAUUUUGACAGUUCAGAUGUUAGUGUGGAAAAAGUGACGAGCCUAAUAUAUAAAGAAUUAAAGACCUGGACAUCAGAAUCUCCAUUUCAAAUUGGACCUAUCCUUCUUGUAAAUGAACCCUUCACCAUUGAUAAUGGUCUAAUGACACCCACCAUGAAAAUUCGAAGGGAUAGAGUUGUGGCUCAAUACAGGGAGCAAAUAGACAAUCUAUACAAGUAAACUACUUAGUGUCAAUUGUGUAAUACAAGCAGAGGAGAUCUUUAUAGCGUGUUUGGAUUGGCAUCAAAUCUUCUCUAACAUGAAUCCAUUUCAAUUCAUUGCUAUAGAUUUAUAGCUUUCACAUUAAAACGUGGUUUAACAUUAUUUUGUGUAUUUUCAAACAUGCACAUAAUUAAACAUACCCAGCUGAUGGAGUGAGGCCAAAGAUAUCGCAUUUUGUUUCGUAUGUAAAAAUUAUUGAGACUUUUGCUUUGAGGAUGAUAAAAUUAAUUAUCGGGUG